AUGUAUAAAAUGGAAUAUUCUUACCUCAAUUCCUCUGCCUACGAGUCCUGUAUGGCUGGGAUGGACACCUCGAGCCUGGCUUCAGCCUAUGCUGACUUCAGUUCCUGCAGCCAGGCCAGUGGCUUCCAGUAUAACCCGAUAAGGACCACUUUUGGGGCCACGUCCGGCUGCCCGUCCCUCACGCCGGGAUCCUGCAGCCUCGGCACCCUCAGGGACCACCAGAGCAGUCCGUACGCCGCAGUUCCUUACAAACUCUUCACCGACCACGGCGGCCUCAACGAAAAGCGCAAGCAGCGGCGCAUCCGCACCACUUUCACUAGCGCGCAGCUCAAAGAGCUGGAGAGGGUCUUCGCAGAGACGCACUACCCUGACAUCUACACCCGGGAGGAGCUGGCUCUGAAGAUCGACCUCACCGAGGCGCGAGUCCAGGUGUGGUUCCAGAACCGCCGCGCCAAGUUCCGCAAGCAGGAGCGGGCAGCAGCGGCCGCCGCGGCCGCGGCCAAGAACGGCUCUUCGGGAAAGAAGUCCGAUUCGUCCCGGGACGACGAGAGCAAAGAGGCCAAGAGUACCGACCCGGACAGCACUGGGGGCCCCGGCCCCAACCCCAACCCCACUCCCAGCUGCGGGGCGAGUGGCGGCGGCGGCGGCGGGCCCAGCCCGGCAGGAGCCCCGGGGGCUGCGGGGCCCGGGGGCCCGGGAGGUGAACCCGGCAAGGGAGGCGCGGCGGCGGCGGCGGCGGCUGCGGCGGCGGCUGCUGCGGCGGCGGCGGCGGCAGCGGCCGGUGGUCUGGCUGCAGCCGGGGGCCCUGGACAAGGCUGGGCUCCCGGCCCCGGGCCCAUCACCUCCAUCCCGGAUUCUCUCGGGGGCCCUUUCGCCAGUGUCCUAUCUUCGCUCCAAAGACCCAACGGUGCCAAAGCCGCCUUAGUGAAGAGCAGUAUGUUCUGA